UGCUCUUAAUACAUCUAUGGUGUGUAGCUGCCUAGCUGUUAGCAUUUAGAGAUGACCAACGAGAAGCAAAACGAAGCUAAAGUUUCCCUAAUGGAAGAAAAUAAAGAAAAUCAAUCAGAUGGAGGACUCGGACUGGAAAUCUUGCAAAUCAUUAAGGAGUCCCAGCAGCAACAUGGCCUCAGACAUGGAGACUACCAGAGAUACAGGGGCUACUGCUCCCGCAGACUGCGUCGCCUGCGCAAAACUCUUGGCUUCAAGAUGGGAAACAGACAUAAGUUCAUUGGGAAGAAAAUAACAGUCGAAAUGCUCUCUGACAACAGGUAUUUACUGCUGGUUUUGAUGGAGGCGGAGCGUGCGUGGAGCUACGCCAUGCAGCUGAAGCAGGAAGCCAACACUGAACCACGUAAGCGCUUCCACCUGCUGGCUCGACUCCGCAAAGCUGCCAAGCACAGUGAGAAGCUGGAGAAGUUGUGUGACAGCCACCGUGUUGAUGCUAAGACCAAACUGGAAGCACAGGCCUACACAGCAUACCUGACUGGUAUGGUGGAGUUUGAACUGCAGGAAUGGAAGCUUGCCAUGGAGGCUUUCAACAAAUGCAAGACCAUCUAUGAGAAACUGGCCAGUGCAUUCACCGAGGAAAUGGCAGUGCUGUACCGCCAGCGUGUGGACGAGAUAUCACCCAACAUCCGCUACUGUGCUUACAACAUUGGUGACCAGAAUGCCAUCAAUGACUUGAUGCAGAUGAGACUGACUGGAGGAGGUGGAGGCAUGAUGGCUGAGAAACUAGAGUCUCUGAUCACUCAGGCAAGAACCAAGCAGGCAGCCACCAUGAGUGAGGUGGAGUGGCGAGGACGGUCUGUGCCCGUAAAGAUCGACAAGGCCCGCAUCUUCUUGUUGGGUCUGGCAGACAACGAGGCCGCCAUUGCUCAGACAGCUAACGAGGAAACCAAAGAGCAUCUGUAUGAGACCUUGCUGGCCGAGUGCAGAGACACCAUCCAGGCUGUGAGAGAGGAGCUCAAAAAUGAGACGAAGCAGCGAGAGAGGAGCUCUGAUGCCGACAAUGGCAAGGUGUCCAACCUGCAGUUCCUGCACAGUUACCUGACCUACAUCAAGCUGUGUACGUUGGUGAAGAGGAACGAGAGCAUGGCUCAUACACUGCAGGCCAAGCUGAAGGAACCUGAAGCCGACGAGAGUAAGAGGGGGCCCCGCCCACAGGACCUCAUCCGCCUCUAUGACAUCAUCCUGCAGAGUCUGGCUGAACUCUCCACCCUGCAGGGUCUGGAGGAUGAUCACACCUUCCAGAAGGAGGUGUCCCUCAAGACACUGGUCUACAAGGCUUACAGAUGUUUCUUUAUAGCUCAGUCUUACGUGCUGGUGAAGAAGUGGAGUGAGGCUCUGGUGCUGUAUGAGAGGGUGCUGAAAUAUGCCAAGGAGGUUCAGUCUAAAGCCAAGAGCCUCAACAACAGCCUCAAGGAUCUCCCUGACGUUCAGGAGCUCAUCGCUGAGGUCAAUGCUGAAAAAUACUCACUCCAAGCUGCUGCCAUUUUAGACACUGAUGACACUGUUGAAGUUCCCUCUCAGCAGCAGGUGAAAGACAACACGCCCCUCUGCAAACGUCUGGAGACCUUCCGCCUUGACCCUACGCUUGUAGGAAAGAAGCCCAAUCUGGUCCAGUUCCCUCCUGACUUUCAGCCAAUUCCCUGCAAGCCCCUGUUCUUUGACCUUGCACUCAACCACGUGGCCUUCCCACCCCUGGAUGACAAGGUGGAGCAGAAGGGCAAGGGAGGCCUGACCGGCUACAUCAAGGGCAUCUUUGGCUUCGGCAGCUAAAUUGAGUUCCAGACUUUGUCAAGGCAUCCUCAGGGGAGCUACAAGGCCCCGAGUUUACCACAAUCAACCAGACUUGGGUCAGUUGUUAGAAUAAUUUCAGUUGCUUUAAUUUUAUUUUUAGUGCCUAAGUGCAAGAUGGGGAGAGUUUGCAGUUCUAAAGAAAGCAGAGGGGGGUCUAAUCUUCCAAGAAAGAUUAUAGGAAAGUAAUUGAAUCAAUUUCAUGUUGCAGUCUGACCCAAGUCUACCUGCCACCUUUAGUAAUAACAUCAGGAUGUGUGGAUUCCCUCCUUAAUUUGAGCAAUGGAGGUGUCUCUGUCAUACCAUGCUAUGGUCUUAAUACUAACAACAAAGUCCUCACAGUCCUAUCAAAGUAAACUAAGCCACUUUGGCACAAUUAGAAGUUUUUUCUUUCUUUUUUUCAGUGUUAUGUAAGCGCCUUCAUGUGAUGAUAUCCUUUUAUUUUCCUUAUACAAGAUAUGUUUUCAGCAUUUCUUCAACCUAAAAUUUACAGUGCAGUCUUCUCUUGGCACCUACUUUGACUUAAAAAUGAAAAAACAAAGUAGAGCUCAUGAAAUAGAAGAAACUCGAAGUGAUGUGUUUAAACGAUUGUCAUAUUUUGAUAAGACUUCAGCUGUGUCCCAUUUCUUCCCUUCCAUUUUUCCCUGACUUCUCCUCGUUUUGAUCGAUCGCUCCAUGAAUUAACACUUGAGCCCACCUCAUCUCCCUCCACAGUGACGUUUUUCACCAAAGCACCUCAUGCCAUGUUUAGGGAUGGUAAUCAAGAACUGGCUCCAGUUGAGAACCGUUUCAAAUUGUCCAAUCCAUUAGAAUUGUAUGGCUCCGAGCUUAUCAGUUCCUCUUAUCGAUGCCCAAGCUUGUGAUAUUGACAGGACAGAAAAGGCAGAUCUCAACUGUGAAGGCAGUGCAGCCCCCAGACAGCGCACACACUUAAGUUACCCUUUGCAGGGUUAUUUAUUUUUAUCAAUUCCCAUCCCCAGAUGUGUUGCAGAUAGCUCAACAAAAAACACCUGUGUGGUAGAUGCAACAUUAAACUGUUAAUGAAAAUGCAUUGUUAAAAGCACAAGAAGACUUCAGUUCAUCUUUGUCAGUGUUUUCUGAUGUGUACGAGUCAUGAGUGAAGUCGUUGAUCAGGGCUUCUACAAACUGACCAGACUAAAGGGAAGAACUGGAACAAAGCUUAAAAGUUUAAAGUGUAUCAACAGAGAAAUGAAAACAAGGUCAUGAAUCACAAUGUAAAAAUGCUUUUCUGUUUAAAAAAUUCAGUGUCAAUAUAGACACAUUUAUUAAUGUUAUAUACUGUGUGACAUUUACAACUAAACCUAAUCAUCAUGUCAGACGAGGGUCCAACUGCUUCAGCUUGUCUAGAUGAAAGUGCAGAACUCACAGUUUCAACAAGACUCAGUGUCUCAUAUUUCCAAGGUGAUGUUUUUUUUAUUAACAACAGACAUGUUGUAGCAGGACUGAUGUGAAAAAAAACAAUCACAGGUGCAGCUCAUCAGAUUGUAAUUAAUUCCUGUCAUGUUUUUAUUUUGACUUUUUAUUCAAGUUUAAUUUUGUUGUAGGUCGACUUAAAGGAAAUAAGGGUUUUUAGCAGCCUUUCCUUUAUCACACCAACAAGCCUGUUUGUGCAUCAUGAGUUGGACUAAAAUAUUUUCAUCACCACUGAAAUGUCUGUGGACAUGUUGUAAUGCUAGAAAACAUUUUUUUGGUAAUGCUUCAUUUGACAGUCACAAUGUCUUGUCUACACACCAAAGCCGAUCACCUCCUUGGAUCCUUAAGGGACCUGGUUUGCCUGUGAUACCUGCUCAAACACUAGCUAGAGGACUGUUUUCAGUUCCACUCACCUACACCCUCGUGUACUUGUUUUGCUUAUUAAUUUUUAUCAAUGUCUUGUUUUAAAAAGUUUAUCCCUCUCAAUGUUUUUUGUUGAAAAGAAUUGAGAUGGAAUUGCUGGAAAAGCUCCAGCACUUCACCUCAAAUAGCCAGGAAAAAAAAAAUUAGUGGUAAUCAAUAAUUGUUGGAAACGGAUUGAAAGAAAGGAAAUGAUGAGAGAAUGUAUGAUUCAAUUUAAUUUUCAGCCCUAUAAUUAAAAUAUAUUUGC